GGCUCCCCCCUGGCCCGGCGGCCGGCGAGAGCCGAGAGCUGCAGCUGUCCCAGGGAAGUGACAUCACCACCUCUAUGGACAGGACAUCCUCAGGAGCCCCGCUCACAGCCACUGAUACCUUCUUCUAGGAUCGGCCGGAGGCCUCCAUGGGCGCCUGAGGGCCGGGCGCCCGGCGGCCGGCGAGAGCAUGGUGAGACACCAGCCGCUGCAGUACUAUGAGCCCCAGCUGUGCCUCUCCUGCCUCACGGGCAUCUACGGCUGCCGCUGGAAGCGCUACCAGCGGUCCCACGAUGACACCACGCCGUGGGAACGCCUCUGGUUCUUGCUCCUCACCUUCACCUUCGGCCUCACACUCACCUGGCUCUAUUUCUGGUGGGAAGUCCGCAACGACUAUGAUGAAUUCAACUGGUACCUCUACGACCGCAUGGGCUACUGGAGUGACUGGUCUGUGCCCGUCCUCGUGACCACUGCCGCUGCCUCCACCUACAUCGCGGGCCUCCUGGUCCUGGCACUAUGUCACAUCGCCGUGGGCCAGCAGAUGAACCUGCACUGGCUGCACAAGAUAGGGCUGGUGGUCAUCCUCGUGUCCACGGUGGUGGCCAUGUCAGCCGUGGCCCAGCUGUGGGAGGACGAGUGGGAGGUGCUGCUGAUCUCCCUGCAGGGCACAGCGCCAUUCCUGCACGUGGGGGCCCUGGCCGCCAUCACUGCACUCUCCUGGAUCGUGGCGGGACAGUUCGCCCGGGCAGAACGAUCCUCCUCCCAGAUGGCCAUUCUCUGUACCUUCUUCACCGUGGUGUUUGCCUUCUACCUGGUGCCUCUCACCAUCUCCUCUCCCUGCAUCAUGGAGAAGAAGGAUCUGGGCCCCAAGCCAGCCCUCAUCGGCCACCGCGGCGCCCCCAUGCUGGCCCCAGAGCACACGCUGAUGUCCUUCCAGAAGGCCCUGGAACAGAAGCUGUAUGGGUUACAGGCUGAUGUCACCAUCAGCCUGGAUGGCGUGCCCUUCCUCAUGCAUGACAACACCCUGCGGCGAACCACUAACGUGGCGGAGGAAUUCCCGGAGCUCGCCCGCAGGCCCGCCUCCAUGCUGAACUGGACCAUCCUGCAGAGGCUCAACGCCGGCCAAUGGUUCCUGAAGACGGAUCCCUUCUGGACGGCCAGCUCCCUGUCGCCCUCUGACCACAGGGAGGCGCAGAACCAGUCCAUCUGCAGCUUGGCAGAGCUCCUGGAGUUGGCCAAGGGCAACGCCACACUGCUGCUCAACCUGCGUGACCCGCCUCGGGAGCACCCGUACCGUGGCAGCUUCCUCAACGUCACGCUGGAGGUCCUGCUGCGCUCCGGCUUCCCCCAGCACCAGGUCAUGUGGCUGCCCAACCAGCAGAGGCCCUUCGUGCGGAAGGUGGCUCCUGGCUUCCAGCAGACGUCGGGCUCCAAGGAGGCGGCCGCCAGCCUGCGGAGAGGCCACAUCCAGAGGCUGAACCUGCGCUACACUCAGGUGUCCCGCCAGGAGCUCAGGGACUAUGCAUCCUGGAACCUGAGUGUGAACCUCUACACGGUCAACGCGCCGUGGCUGUUCUCCCUGCUGUGGUGCGCGGGGGUCCCCUCUGUCACCUCCGACAACUCCCACACCCUGUCCCAGGUGCCUUCCCCCCUCUGGAUCAUGCCCCCAGACGAGUACUGUCUCAUGUGGGUCACCGCGGACCUGAUCUCCUUCAUGCUCAUCAUUGGCAUCUUCGUGCUCCAGAAGUGGCGCCUGGGUGGCAUACGGAGCUACAACCCCGAGCAGAUCAUGCUGAGUGCUGCGGUGCGCCGGACCAGCCGGGAUGUCAGCAUCAUGAAGGAAAAGCUCAUCUUCUCAGAGAUCAGCGAUGGCAUGGAGGUCUCCGAUGAGCUCUCUGUAUGCUCAGACAACAGUUAUGACACGUACGCCAACAAUGCUCCCACCCCUAUGGAUAACCGAAGGAGCGGCAGCCGUACCAAGACGCUCAUAGACCGCAGUGGGCGUUAGCCGAAGACCUGUCUGUCCCAGCCUGUACCUACUGUGGAGACCAGGGAACCCAAGAGAGCUGGCAGAAGCAUGUCUGGCCUGGGAGUGCGCUGGGAGCUGGCUCCAUGGCCUCCUCGUUGGCUCCAGCCCUCUGUCAGUCAGCCAUGGCCUCCCUUGGAGGGGGCUCCCCUCUCUCCUGAGGCCCACUUGGGUCAGGACUCCAGCCUCACAGAUGCCCCUGCAGGCCUGGGGCUCCUUCUGGAAAGUUUGGAGCCUGGGGCCUGGUCCUCCCCUGGAGGCCUUCCCUUAUAUCCUGAUCUGGAAGCUCUGAUGAGUCACUGGGCUGUGCCAUGCCCCCUGUGGCAGUUGAGAAUGUGGAUGUCCACCUGUCCGUCCUCCUGUCUAUCCUCAGAGGCAACCGACUCCUGCAUGUCUCCUGCCUUGAGGGCCUGGACUGGGCCUCUGUUCUUCAUGUCAGUCUCAAAAGCACAAGGAUUUUCAGCCCAGGAGGAAAGCCUGCUGCAGUGGUGGAGACACUCCUCCCCGACCGGCCUCCUACCACCACUGGCCCUGCCCCAGGAGAGGGACCGAGCCACGUCCCCAGGAGCAGCUGGAGACGGCCAGAAGAGUAGGCUUAAGGCUGCUUUUACCCCUUACCUAAGUGUCCAGCAGGCCUCUAGGGCAGAGUGGCUCAGAGGCCCAGGAGAUCCACAGACUGACACAACCUCAGGUUUCCACAUCUGUGGCCACAGGGCAGUGGCCACGUGGGAAAGAGUGUUCUAGGCAUGGCCAAGGGUGGGCAUAUGGCCAAGGAAGCCUACAGCAGGGCGAACCUGAGGGCCUUGGUCAAUAUGAUUAAAGCUGCCAUCUUGA